UAUCAAGUAUAUUCAUAUAUUUUUCGUCAUCAAAGUCUCCAUCCGCUUGGUGUCAGAGUGAGUGAAAAACUACGAGAGAGCAAGAUCAGCACGUUGGUCUAGAUAUAUAUUGUUGCAGUUUAUAUCAAAGAAUCACCCUCCUUCGUAUCGGAAGAUAGAUCCAUCUCAUCAUCGUUACAGCACACUGAUCAAAUACCACCAAAAUGAAGGUGACGAUUUUCUUCCUAGCUUUGGCGUUGGCAGUGUCGUUGGGAUAUGGUUAUGAUGAGGAAGAAUUUGAUGAAUACAUGCUUGAAGAUAUGCUCGAAGAUGAUGAUUUAGAUUUGGAUGACGUGGAGCUGCAGAACUGGUUCAAAAGGGCUUUCAACAAGGUGAAACAUGUAGGAAAGUCGAUCGGCAAUGACAUCAAGAAAGGAGUCCAAUCUGGGUGUGAUGUAGUCAAUCAAAUUCCUUCACGUGAUUUAGCCUACAGAAUGUCAGUUGCGUUUCCUGAGAUGAUUUCAGAAGAAGACAUGGAAUAUGGCCUUUAUGAGACAGCCGAUGUUAAGAAGCUUGUAAAUGGCGUUCGCAAGGCUUGUGGUAUCAUUGGAUAAUUUCAUCAAAGUAAGAGCAGGUUCCUGAGAUGGGGAUCGAUACAGACCUACCAAACCUUAUUUCUACCAAUAUCCCCACAUCUGGGGCCCGUCUUACAAGAGGUUGCGAUUGAUCCGAUCAAUCGUAUCUAUGGAACGUCAGCAGCAACGUCAACA